GCUCCCUAGCCAGCAUGUCUGGGCUCCUGCAAGUGGCCUGCCUGCUCAGCCUGGUCCUGCUGCUGAUCAAGGCCGCCCAGCUCUACCUGCACAGGCAGUGGCUGCUCAAAGCUGUCCAGCAGUUCCCAGCUCCGCCCUCCCACUGGCUCUUUGGACACUCCAAGGAGUUCCAAAAGAAUGAGCUAAAGCAAAUACUGAAAAGGGUGGAGAAAUUCCCUACUGCAAGUCCUCGCUGGCUCUGGGGAACAAAGGUCCUGUUUCUGGUCUACGACCCUGACUACAUGAAAGUGGUUCUCGGGAGGUCAGACCCAAAAGCUCACGGUACCUACAGGCUGCUGGCUCCCUGGAUUGGGUACGGUCUGCUCCUGCUGAACGGGCAGCCGUGGUUCCAGCACCGGAGGAUGCUGACCCCAGCCUUCCACUACGACAUCCUGAAGCCCUACGUGGGGCUCGUGGCCGACUCUGUGCGCGUGAUGCUGGACAAAUGGCAACAACAGCUCAGUGACCAGAACCCACUUGACAUCUUCGAGCCCGUCUCCUUGAUGACCCUGGACUCCCUCAUGAAGUGCGCCUUCAGCCACCAGGGCAGCGUGCAGACGGACAGGAGCUCCCAGUCCUACAUCCAGGCCAUUGACAACAUAAAGAACCUGUUCUUUUCCCGAGCGAGGAACGUUUUCCACCAGAAUGACACCGUCUAUGGCAUGACCCCAGAAGGUCGCAAGUUCCACCAGGCCUGCGAGGUGGCCCAUGAGCACACAGACCGAGUGAUCCGGGAGAGGAAGGCUCACCUGCAGAAGGAGGGAGAACUGGAAAAGAUCAGCGGGAAGAGGCACCUGGAUUUCCUGGACAUCCUGCUCCGUGCCAGAAUGGAGAAUGGGGACAGCUUGUCGGACGCGGACCUCCGGGCAGAGGUGGACACGUUCAUGUUCGAGGGCCACGACACCACGGCCAGCGGCAUCUCCUGGAUCCUCUAUGCGCUGGCCGCCCACCCUGAGCACCAGCACCGGUGCAGGGAGGAGCUGCAGAGCCUCCUGGGGGAUGGCGCCUCCCUCAGCUGGGACCACCUGGACAAGAUGCCCUACACCACCAUGUGCAUUAAGGAGUCGCUGAGACUCUACCCGCCGGUGCCGGGGUUUAGCAGGGAGCUCAGCAAGCCCAUCACCUUCCCUGAUGGACGCUCCUUACCUGAGGGAAUCAUUGUGUCAUUCACCAUUUAUGGGCUGCACCACAACCCCGACGUGUGGCCAAACCCUGAGGUGUUUGACCCGUCCCGGUUUGCUCCUGGAGCUACCCGGCACAGCCACGCUUUCCUGCCCUUCUCAGGAGGGUCCAGGAACUGCAUCGGGAAGCAGUUUGCCAUGAACGAGAUGAAGGUGGCCGUGGCCCUGACUCUGCUCCGCUUUGAGCUGGCGCCGGAGCCCUCCAGGGUCCCCAUUCCCAAUGCAAAAGUUGUGCUGAUGUCAAGCAAUGGAAUCCACCUGCGCCUCAAAAAGCUGCAGUAACCACAUGGAUGUGGCCUAGUGUGAGGGCCUCCUGCCGGGGUUCCAGCUUGCUUUCAUCUGCUCCUGCCUCUGGCCAUAUCCUGCUUCUGUGUGCCCACCUGCAACACCCUAUUUGCAGACUCACCAAUGAAAACUUAACUUUCCACAUCCCCAACCUUGCUGUAGAUUCCUGUUUUCUGUCCACCUGUCUCCAUCCUCCUAUAUGACUCAGACUGUCAUCUUGACAUUUUCUCUGUCCUUCAACUUGUCAGUGCUUUCCCUGGAUUUGUUGUUUUCUAUCCUAUUAUCCGAAAAUCCGUUAAUUUCCUCCUGCUGCUUUAGCAAGUUUCCACAACUUUAUGGUUUACAACAACAAGAGUUUAUGAUCUUAACACUUGAAAAUCUGUAGUUGGAAGUAGGUUAUGCUGGGCCUCACCUAGAUGUUUUGGGAUCUCUAAGGGAAAAUAUGUUUCUGUGUUUUCCAAUUUCUAGAAUUUUACUCUUAAUGUCUUUCAGUGAUAGCAUUAGCUGCUCCCAUAUGACCAAGGAAAUCUGCUUUUCUUAAAUCAACUGAUUGUAGAUGUGAACUAUCUCCAAAUACAAGCAUUUAGACCAUUCUUUAAAUAAAAUUCUUACCUGGCUCCACACCCCACCCAUGCUGACACAUAAGAAUAAACUCCAUAAUCUCCCUGGU